CCUCACAAUUUUACCUCAGGUAAUUACUUAUCUUUGAACAAGAGUCCAAAGUAGGAUUCGGUAUCUUAAGGAAUUGAUCGAUUCUUUAAUUUAGUACUUUUGAGCAGAAAUAAAUGAAAAUUUGAUUUAAUUUACCGCCCUCAAAAGCACGUUGCCAAAAUUGUGAGGUAAUUAACGUACAAAUUUCCAGAGAACAUGUAGUUUUAUAAAUGUUGACAAUUUUUUAAGUAUUACACAGUAGUUGGGUUAUAAUAAUCUGCGGUCCACCAAGUCAGAUUAAUCAGUAACUGAUGUCUGUAACUCAACUUUGUUUUUUUUUCCUCACUAAAAAGAACCGAUUCUCAAGAGUCAUUUUUCCGGCAAUCGAACUACACUGGACGCACAGUAUGUUUUUGAAUCACUAAAAAGAACCGACUCUUAAGAGUCAUUGGUUCGGAAAUCGAACUGUACCCACUGAUCUAUAACUUAUAUGACUAUAUUAUACUAUAUACUAAUGAUAUUGUACUGUUCUAUAUUAUAGAUCAGUGACUGUACCGGUCUCGCUGUAGAUUCGGUAGCAGUGUCAGUGAAUAGUAUUGCAAGAAACCCUGUCAGAUUGUUUAAAUUAGGCGCUCCCUUCGUUUCAGCAAAGGAUGACAUUCACAUUUUUAACGCUUCUCGAACGUUCAGCACGUUACAUGAACAUUAUUCGGGUCUGGCAUUUAAAGAAAUGCUUCUCAGGACCCAAUCCUAGACCAACUGUCAUUAUCUCAGUGCUGUCUUGGACCUGGCUUCCGAAGAGUGGUUUUUGUUUUGAGGAAACCUUUGAGAUUGUUCUUCUCGCUCUCUGAUUGGUCGUUGUGAAGUCAGGAGGUGUGCUGACAUCACUCCUGAUGGAAAGGCUCGACGCGUUUCGACCAAUCAGCUCUUGACUUUUGUCUUCGCGUGGCCGCUUUAAAGGGCCCCCACCCUCCACUAGGCAGAAUUUCUCCGUUUUUUUUCAUCACUUAUUUAAAAGCGACGCUAAGAAUUCAGCUUUGAAAGUGUAGUUAUAAUGCCAUCACAAACCAAACUAAACUAGUAAUUGCGUUUUGCCCGUGGGCUCUCCUGUUGUGGGCGUUUUUGUUUAAACCUGAAUAUAUUCGGACUGCCAGCAUGAAGUUGAAGUGUUCAAGGAAGCGAGCUUUUCCAUGGUUUGGAAUGGAUAUCGGUGGUACUUUAGUAAAGCUUGUUUACUUCGAGCCAAAGGACAUCACUGCAGAAGAGGAGCUGGAAGAGGUGGAGAAUCUGAAGAGCAUACGCAGGUACCUAACCUCCAACACGGCCUAUGGCAAAACCGGCGUCCGUGAUGUACAUCUGGAGCUACACAACCUGACAAUCUGCGGUCGUACAGGGAAUCUUCACUUCAUCCGCUUCCCCACCGCUGCCAUGCACAGAUUCAUCCAGAUGGGCAGAGAUAAGCACUUCUCCAGCCUGCAUACCACACUGUGCGCCACUGGUGGCGGGGCAUACAAGUUUGAGAACGACUUCAGAACAAUGGCAGACCUAGAGCUGCUGAAGUUGGAUGAGCUGGAUUGUCUGAUCCAGGGGCUGCUGUACAUAGACUCAGUCGGUUUUAAUGGUCAUCCUGAGUGCUAUUACUUUGAGAACCCCUCCGACACACAGAACUGCAUCAAGAGUCCCUGUUGUCUUGACAACCUUUUUCCCAUGUUACUGGUGAACAUUGGCUCGGGCGUCAGCCUUCUGGCAGUGUACACCAAGGACAACUACAAACGAGUGACAGGCACCAGUCUUGGUGGAGGGACGUUUUUGGGGCUUUGCUGCCUGUUGACGGGUUGUGAGACAUUUGAAGAGGCCCUUGAAAUGGCCAGCAAAGGGGACAGCACCAAUGUGGACAAACUGGUGAAGGACAUCUAUGGAGGAGACUACCAGCGCUUCGGCCUACAAGGGUCUGCAGUGGCUUCAAGCUUUGGUCACAUGAUGAGCAAAGAGAAGAGGGACAGUAUUUCUAAAGAGGACUUGGCCCGAGCCACACUCGUCACUAUCACCAACAACAUUGGCUCCAUUGCACGCAUGUGUGCGGUUAAUGAGAAGAUUGAACGGGUUGUUUUUGUGGGGAACUUUCUGCGAAUAAACACAGUGUCGACAAAGCUUCUUGCCUAUGCUAUGGACUUCUGGUCCAAGGGCCAGCUGAGGGCCCUUUUCCUGGAACAUGAGGGAUACUUUGGAGCCGUCGGUGCUUUCCUGGAACUGCUGAAGUCAUCUGAUGACGCAUAAAGAAAAUCAUCAUCUCUUAUGAUCCAGAAGCUGCUUUUAGACUUCCUGACAGAAGCUCCAACAAGAAAACUGGAACACUGGGAAAUUUAAAACAAGCCUUUAUAGUAAUUAACCUGUAAAUAACCCUUAAAAUAAGAUUCUAAAUAAUAUUUUUAUGAGUAACUUAGUCUCCCUCAGACUUCCAACUCUAAUGGAACCUUAUUGUUCAUUUGUUUUCCGGUUGUUGUGUUCAUUUUAUACUGUUUGUAAUUAUCAUUGUGUAGUGAACAGGGAGAGUUUAUAUGAUGCCCAAAACCUGCUGUGUUAAAGUUUUGCUAUUCUUGACCUGCCGCCAGGUGAGAGUUUAUUCAGCGUUAACGGCUUUCUGUAUCUAGGCCUGGUUAAAAAAUUGAACUUUUAGAGUUUGUUUUUUUUUUGUUUUUUUUUUGUUUUUGUUAAACUGCUGUUCAGACCCCAAAUGAUGUUUGACACACUGUUCGAGUUGAUUUUCAAGCCUCAGGUGCUGUGUUAAAUGUGUGCCGACUCGCAGGGAUCCUUGCAGUAAAGAAAAGGCACUGGUCUUUACACAGCAUAGAGCAACCUUUUUCCGAUUGGCUCUCCUUUGACUCUUCCUCUUCACUACAGUUAACAGUUUUCCAUGCAUUUAUGCAUGAAAGUAAUUUUAAACAGGAGUACAGUGUUGGAAUUAUAUCAGAUUAGUUGAACGUUUUAAAAAAAUAUAUAUUUACACUGAUUCACAUAAAGCCUUUACUUAUAAAAGGAUACACAGAAAGCUCAGGGUGUCUCACUUUUAUUUUUGAGAGGGAAUUCUGUGGGACCAAGUGGCCAAUUUGACAGGCAAGCUCCCCUAACAUCCCACAUUUUUGUCUUCUUUGUCCAGCUUUGCCUCUUUUUCACCUUGCCUUUUCCCAUUCUUUUUACUAUCUAAACCAAAGCUACUUCAGUCAUCUUCUUCUGAAUGCACACAGUUAUAUGCAUAUACCUCCUCUUUGGUUGCUUUCCUCUUAUCUAUAAUGGUACUAAGAGUACUUGAAGUAGCCUUGUGAUAAAGUCAGUAUGACAGCAGUUACCGACAACCCCCCAUUCCUCUGUAUUCAAAUGUCAAAAAUGUUUAGACAGUUUUAAGACUCAGCCAUUGUGUUUCCAUUGUAGUGCCAAUGUGAGACGGGGAGGAGUAAACCAGACAGCCUGCAAGUGCAAGCAUUCCUGCUUUGCCAGGCCAUGUAACACAUUACUUCUUCUAAAAGCUGCCUAGCAUUAGAGUAUAUCUAAGAUGAAUUUCUUUAUCAUAUGUCAUUAAAAAUAAAAACACCACUCUCUUACUAGUUAACUC